GUUAUCGCAGAAGAAACCGUUCGUAUCACAGUUCAAUUUGUUGUGUGUGUAGUUUUUUGCUCUUCGCUCUAUCUCUUUCGCUCGCUCUCUCUCUCUCUCCCUUUCUCUCUCUUGCUGAUUCGCUUUUUCUCAUCAUGAACAACUUAAUCUAAUUCUAUUUCGGUUGAGCGCAGCACGUCUAAUUGUGAAUUCAUUGCGACGCAAUCACUUUAUCAUUAGUGCUCAUGCAUAUAACAUUUCGGUUUGCUUGUGUGUUGUGUAUUGUUCAAAGUUCCAAAUUCAAUUUAGCUAAUCUGUUGGUUGCGCGAGUGCGCUCUAAUGCCCAUGUGUUUAUACAUUUGAUAGUGAAUUUAAAACGACAUUUUUUUUUGUUGCUUCUGUUUAAAAACGAAACCAUUCGACAAACACACACACACAAAAAUUUGCUGUGAAAUUAGUUUAAAAUUGAUUUUCAAACAAGAAACCAGCUUGCAACUUGUGUUUGUGUGUUUGAACAAGAAACGGCGAAGGAAACAUCUCGAUCAAAGAAGAAGAAAAAGAUACAAUCAAGAAAUAAGAAAAGACAACUCAGAAGCGACCGCCGAAAAAUAAUUGGGCGAAUCAGUGGAAGAGCGGAAGAAAUAGAGAGAGAGAGAGAAACCGAUCGAACGAACUGAAAGACAGGCGGCAGCGAGAAAAACAGAGAAUAUCAAGAAGCAGCGCGUUUGGCUCGAAUGCCAGUACACAAACAAAUGGCCGAACAUCGUGUAUAUUAUAAAUCGUCGUAUUUAUUUCAAUAAAACGGGAAUCGAACGAAAAUUGAAAAAUAAGAGCGCGACGGAAAAUUGGAGAACAAACGAUAAAUAACAAGGCGAAUGAAACAACUGCCACAAGAAAAAAAAAGUGAAAAAACAAACAUACACAUAGGACGAAAGGAAGAGAGAGAGAGAAAGAAGAAGAUUGGUGUCACAUAUUGCAUUCAGCUGAAAACAUCCAUUGAGCUGCGCUUCACGUCUACUCUUUUUCUGCGUUGACUCUCGGCGCUCUGUUGUCCCGGUGUGGAAGUUUACCUCAUUUUGUUGUGCCCCAUCAUUUUGUAGUGUGCCACAGCAAUUCCAGCAUCCGACAAACGAAAAAGCAUUACAUUAUUUGUGUGUGGGUGUGUGUGCAGCAGGCAACACCAACAAAAUGGACAAUCGAUUGGAUAUUGAAUCGUUGGCUAAAUUGUUCGAACCGUCGUUUUGGUCGAAACGUUACUCAACGCGGGAACAAGUCUUGAGUGAACACAUUGCUUUUACGAAAAGUGAAAGCGAACGGGUAAGAAGAGCGAUACAAUUCGAGACAGUGCAAUACGGCCAGACAUUUACAAAUGAAACAUUCGAUAUUUAUGGCAUUGAUUUACCCAAAGAUGCGCCGAUAUUUAUUUACAUUCAUGGCGGAUAUUGGCAGGAAUUAGACAAAACCGUUAGUGCAUAUGUGGUGGAACCGUUGUACAAAGCAGGUCACAAAGUGAUUGUACUCGAUUACGAUCUCUGCCCGAAUAUAUCAUUGGAACAAUUGGUUGAUCAGAUCCAACGAGCUGGCAUUUCGAUCGUAAAUUAUGCGAUGUCAAUAGGAACGAGAUGUAUCCAACUAGGUGGGCAUUCUGCCGGGGCACAUUUGGCCACAUGCUUGUUUGAUAAUCUUGUGAAACAAUCACCGCCGCUGACACCAAUUGUAAAAUCAUUGUACUUGAUAUCCGGUGUAUACGAUGUUUUCGAGCUCCAAUACAUGCCAACGGUCAAUCCGAAUAAUAUUUUGUCACUUGAUGAAAACAAUGUAUUACGCCUGUCGCCGAUGCUAUUCGACUUCGAUAAAUGGGCUGCCGUCGCAGCAGCAGCACGUAGCGAUGCAACAGCCAUUCAUUUAUAUGUUGGUACAGACGAUGCACCAAAAUUGGUUGGUCAAUCAUACUGUUUGGAACGUUUGCUCGCCCAUCAUCAGUAUCCAAAUUAUCGUUUGGUCAUGAUUGAAAACACCGAUCAUUUCGACAUUGUUGAAAACCUGUCACACGCUGACUUUGCAAUCACAAAAGACAUAAUCAACGAAGCGAAAUCAUUUUCGAUACUUUGAAGCAGAAUCGAGCGACACCAAAAAAAUGAAAAUAAAAAAAAAUGCGACUCUCAGUGCGGGAGCAAGUGAAAGAAAGACAGAAAAAAUGCGAAUUUCACGCUUAAUUUAUACGUUCCAAUAUAUUAAUUUCGUUGCAAUUAAAAAUACAAUCAAAAAAAAUUUAAUCAUUUUUGCAAGUGAAUGGAAACCGUUUCCGAAUGUUAAUUAAUUAAAAUGUCAUUUUUUUCAACACUAAAAAUGGAAUUCGGUUUUUUUUCCUUCUUUUCAUUCAGCUCCCCGUUGAUAUUUACUUUGAGGUAUAAAUUUAAAUAAAUAAAGCGUCAAUUGAAGCCC